CGCUCUAGGCAGCGGGAGGGCGCAGGGUUCAGGGGGUUGGGGAACAACUGCGGCCUCUCCUCUAUGGUCGCGGGCCGGCGGGGUACCCUCCUCCGCAGUGAGUCCAAGGUUAUUUCCGGAAGUGGAGCUGCUACCUCUUCCUCUGUGUCUGUGAAGGGGUCCAGGAAGGGGUCGACUGCCGGGUUGGCCAUGAGCGCGGAGAUUUAAUGUCAUCUUGCUUAGGUCUGCUGAGUCUGUAAUUUUCUAUGUCUAUGGAUUCCAGAAUUUGCUAAGAGAUGGAGGAGUCUCUGCAGAAUAAUGUGGAUGCAGCAAGCCUUGGGAAAACGGGCCCGCUCAAGAGCGCCGGCCCUCAGAUUUCCAUUAAUGAAUUCUCCUGCCACUGCUGCUACGACAUCCUGGUUAACCCCACCACCUUGAACUGUGGGCACAGCUUCUGCCGGCACUGCCUCGCCCUGUGGUGGGCCUCUUCGAAGAAAACAGAGUGUCCAGAAUGCAGAGAAAAAUGGGAAGGCUUCCCCAAAGUCAAUAUUCUCCUCAGGGACGCCGUUGAAAAAUUAUUUCCUGAUGCCAUUAGAAUGCGAUUUGAAGACAUUCAGCAGAAUAACGACAUAGUCCAGAGUCUUGCAGCCUUUCAAAAGUUUGGGAAUGAUCAGACCCCUUCAGCUCCCCACACAGGCAGAGGGAACCAGCACAGGGGAGGGGGUUUCUACUCUGGAGUGCUCACAGCUUUAACUGGGGUGGCAGUGGUCCUGCUGGUGUACCACUGGAGCAGCAGGGAAUCCGAGCGGCACCUCCUGGUCCACAAGGCUGUGGCCAGAUGGACAGCGGAGGAAGUUGUGCUCUGGCUGGAGCAGCUAGGCCCUUGGGCCUCCCUCUACAGAGACAGGUUUUUAUCUGAAAGAGUAAACGGAAGGUUGCUUUUAACUCUGACAGAGGAAGAAUUUUCUAAGGCUCCGUAUACCAUAGAAAGCAGCAGCCACCGAAGAGCUAUCCUCAUGGAGCUGGAGCGAGUGAAAGCCCUGGGCGUGAAGCCCCCCCAGAACCUCUGGGAAUAUAAGGCCGUGAACCCUGGGAGGUCCCUGUUCCUGCUGUAUGCCCUCAAGAGCUCCCCGCGCCUUGGUCUGCUGUACCUCUACCUGUUUGACUACACCGACACCUUCCUGCCGUUCAUUCACACCAUCUGUCCUCUUCAAGAAGACGGCUCCAGGGAGGACAUCAUAUCCAAGCUCCUGGAUCUUAGAGAGCCCACAUGGAAGCAGUGGCGAGAAUUCCUCAUCAAGUACUCCUUCCUUCCGUACCAGCUGAUUGCUGAGUUUGCUUGGGACUGGCUGGAGGUCCAUUACUGGACAUCAAGGUUUCUCAUCGUCAACGCCAUGCUCCUCUCGGUUCUGGAAUUAUUCUCCUUCUGGAGGAUCUGGUCCAGAAGUGAACUGAAGACCGUGCCUCAGAGGAUGUGGAGCCAUUUCUGGAAAGUGUCGACACAGGGGCUUUUUGUGGCCAUGUUCUGGCCCCUCAUCCCUCAGUUUGUUUGCAACUGUCUGUUUUACUGGGCCCUGUAUUUUAACCCAAUUAUUAACAUUGAUCUCGUUGUCAAGGAGGUCCGACGGCUGGAAACCCAGGUCUUGUGAUUGACACUGCUGAGGUUCCGAGGGACCCUUGCAGCCUCCCUGCCCGCCGAGCUCUGGGGAGAGGGGGAAGCGGACUCCCUAUUUUCCGCCCCUAGUAAACAAGGUGUUGCUUUGUCUGUCAGAGGCCACGGCCAGGUCUCCUCCCUCGGCCCGUGGCAGCAGGGACUGGCGCCCCAGAGCUUGGCCGACACGGCAGCCGCACCUCCUACCCAGCCGCCUUCCUCGCCGGGACUUGGGAGGCUCAGCCCGCGAUGGCUGGCAGGGACUCAGGGUCCUCGGAGGACACACAGUGGGUCGCAAUCCCCGCUUGCUCUAACCUCAGUGACUGACAAGAGGCUCCCAGGGCGGGUCGGAGCCCAGGGCCAGGCCUGUCCUCUCAGUCAAGUGUAGGAAAACAGGAGAAGAUGUUGUCAUAGGCAGAGGCAGUUGCACAUAAAAAAUAAGGAGGAAAAACCACAAUCCCGUUGAUGAUUCUGUCUUGUGUAAGAGUUGCUAGAAGGUUCAGAGUUAAACCUCUGAAAGCAGUCAGUUUGAGGUUAGAAUGAUGGUGGUUAGACUCGCCACCACUGUUUUCUGCUUGGAAUCAUUGAAAGUUUGGAUCUUUCUGUUGGAGUUGUUGAGUGGGACGUCAGGCAGUUUAAUCAGGCUGAGCUGCUUCCGUGCUAUGUAAAAUUGUUGUUGCGGGGUUUGGUUUGUUUUUGAGAAUGUAAUCUAUAAAAUCCAAGCCAGUCCGUUUGUUUAAGGAAAUACCUUGUACAUUGACCUCACACUGUAUAAUCUUUAUUGUCCUGCUCUGAUAUAUAAAACAAUGUGUAAUUACACCAAGUGCUGUAAUUGUAAAUAUGAGAUGAACUAUGGCCUGUGCUUUCCUGCCAGUGUGACAACAGCAGGUGUGAAAGGCUAUCAAUCUGAAGAUCAGCCCCAUAUUUAUACAGAAAUGAGCUUGCAUCCAAAGUGUUUUUUUGCGAGUCUAUGAACCAUUCAUUAACCCUUUGUAUCUUUGAAGAUUUCCCUCAAACUCUGCAUCUGAAAAUUUGAAGAAAUGACUUGAAAUAAAAAUAAAGUUUAUAUAUAUAUACAGAUAAAA